AUGGCCUGCGCAACCGAUGGGCCGCUGCCGCUGGACUUCUUCUUCGACCUCGAUCUCGCUCUGGCGCCGUCCACAAGCAACGCUGCCAUCCUGCGGUCGCCGGGGCGGGUGGUCGCGGGCAUGCCCACCGCCUCCUCCUCCAGCAGCGGCGCCCCCGUGUGCGCCAUCUGCAUGGAGGGGUUCGAGGACGGGAGGGAGACUCCCUGCGGGCACGUCUUCCACGACGAGUGCAUCUCCUCCUGGCUCGGCCUCCAAAAUUCCUGCCCUCUCUGCCGCAACCGUCUCCACUCCGAGGAUAGAGGAGAGGGGGCUCCAGGUCAGGCGUCGAUGCCCGUGUGUGCUGUUCCUCCGAGUUGA